AUGAAUUGGCACCAGAGCACCACCAUUCAGUUGAGUGGACUGGUUUUCUCCCUCUUCGGUUGGGUCUUAUCAUGUGUUACAACUUACGUGCCUCUCUGGAAGAGCCUUAACUUGGAAUUAAAUGACCUUGAAAUCUGGAAUACGGGACUUUGGCAGACCUGCGUCACUCAAGACGAAAGCGUAAUGCAGUGCGAAAGUUAUGCUUCUCUGCUGGCCCUGCCUUUAGAGAUCACGGUUUCCAGGGUUCUAAUGGUUGCUUCAAAUGGACUGGGCUGUCUUGCAUUCUCUUUGGCCAUUUUGGGAUCGAACUGUCUGAAGACGAGACACACAAGACACAAAACACACUUUGGGAUCGCUGGCGGAAUUCUCUUCUGUGUUUCUGGAAUAGCAACUCUGGUCCCCAUCUCCUGGGUAGCCUACAAUACAGUGCAAGACUUUUGGGAUCAAACCAUACCAGACGUUGUCCCAAGAUGGGAAUUUGGUGAAGCGCUCUUCCUGGGCUGGUUCGCUGGUUUUUUCCUUCUACUAGGUGGCUGUCUUGUAAUCAGUGCUGCCUGUUUUCUAGAGACCAAGAAGUCAUCCAAGAAGUCAGCGAUCCACCAUAAAAUGGAGGUAGCCGCUCUGUCCAAUCGACAUCAGUAUACAGCACGCAAAAAUGCAGACCUCGUUAUCUGA